AUUCAGCCACUUAUUGAAGGUUUGGAUUUCUGAGGGUUUCUGGCUACAGACUGGCGGCAGGGAGCUAGUUUCCCUAAGACAGUUUCUCCUUCAUUCCCACCCCGGCUCUGGGAAGAUGGUAGAUUCCACUUCCGGCCUACCCCGGAAGUUUCGCGAUGGAGAGAGGAGAAAUAUCUGAGGAAGAAAGGCAGUCGGGCCAUGUUCUGCCUACCAGUUUGGAGUCCAACAACUUGAAGAAGAACAACUGGGGGUUCUUGUUUACUGGGAUCAUUGGUGGGGCGCUGGUGACAGUAUAUGCUGUGGCUACACCAUUCAUCACACCAGCCCUCCGGAAAGUGUGUUUGCCAUUUGUACCUGCGACAUCGAAGCAGAUUGAAAAUGUUGUGAAGAUGCUGAGACACAGAAGAGGACCCCUGGUGGACAUCGGCAGUGGCGAUGGACGCAUUGUGAUUGCAGCUGCAAAGGAAGGGUUCCCAGCUGUGGGCUAUGAACUGAACCCCUGGCUGGUUUGGUAUUCCAGAUACCGUGCCUGGAGAGAAGGUGUGCAUGGCUCUGCCAAGUUUUAUGUUUCAGAUCUGUGGAAGGUCACCUUUGCACAGUACUCCAAUGUUGUCAUUUUUGGUGUGCCCCAGAUGAUGCCGCAACUGGAGAAGAAACUUGAGCUUGAACUUGAGGAUGAUGCUAGAGUCAUUGCCUGCAGGUUCCCUUUCCCACACUGGACUCCAAAUCACACUGCUGGAGAGGGCAUCGACACUGUGUGGGCCUACGACAUGAGCACUUUCAGGGGACGGGAAAAGAGGGUCUGAACAUGAGCAUCAAGUGGGUGGGUCAUUCAGUAGACCUUCACUGAGGUCACAGAACAAACUUUCCUCGACAAGGAAUGAGAAGUCACUGUUGCUGUCCUUUACCUUUUGGAGAAAAGAACAGGAGCUCAGGAAAACAUUCAGUUGUAAAGGUGGUUUCACGUAGUUUGGUUUGGUCUUGAAUUUUCUGUGUAGCUUAGGAUGACUUCAGCUUCUGAUUAUUCUUCCUCUACAGUCCCAGUAAUGUUGCUCUUAGUGGAAUAUUUUGAAUGGGUUUGCUACCUUUUCCUACUCUCAGAUGCUUGAAGAUACAAAUAACUGAGUCAUGCUUAUGGUCUAGAAGGUUGUCAUCUAUCUCAACGCAUGUGGUUUAAUGCCACAGAUGAAGAGAAGGGGCACUCAUGCCAAUGUCUUCAGUUUCCUACAGUUGUUCAUGAGUGAGAUUUAUCUCCUUUCUGUAGUUUGUAGCUAAAUUAAUUUUCUAAAAGAUUCAGAGAGUGGCAUGUAUAUCUUGUAAUGUUUAUAAAGAAUAUAUUGUCCUAA